CAAGCGUCAAAUGGAUUCGAGGCAAACAAGAGAGAUGCUCAAUUUAUCGGUACUUUUCGUUCAGUUUCAGUGAAACACACACGCAACUUGGAAAUUAGUUCAGAUGAUUCGAGAAGGAAUUAAUACAUAACACAAAAAAAACACACACAAAACAUAAACCGUAAAAACGAUUUUCCAAACGCUUUUGCAUUGCAUUUGAGAGUUGUGGAGUAACCUUUUUAUUCAAUCGAGAGUUCCCGAUUAACGUUUUUACUCAAUUCUAGACAACACACUUUACACACACACAAUGUCUGGUCGAGGACGUCGUCAACAAGUGGAACCAGCGCGUAAUCAAUACGGUGCCUGGGAUGAUCCACGCGUCUCGUUGUUUGCCACUGUGCCGCAGGAGCCGCUCGACGAUAUGUUGGGACGCAUGAAGCGCUUGCCGGAAACAAAGCGAAAACGUGACAUGGAAGCGCUCCAUGCCUCACCUUUGCUGCUGGCGACGUCGCCUUCGACGAGUCGCCUUUAUCGGGAGGUGAAAUAUCAGGUGCAGCAAAUAGCCGAUGAUCGGAAUCGGAACUAUCAUCCGAUACAGGAGCGAGAGCAUCAAUCGGCCAUGAUUGCCCAAACGAUGGCCGUGCAGAAUCGUCGUGAGUUCGCCGAGGCGAUGCGACGCCAACAGCUGAACGUGAAUUCGCAGAGAUUGCGUGACCUGCAGACGGAGAUCGAUCGGGCGAAGACAACGUUGAGUGUGGUGAAGCGACGCCACGAGAACGUCAAGACAAUGGGCAACGAGCGGGAGCGCAAAGAAGCCCAAGCGGCACAGGAGAAGCUCCAGAAGGGAAGCUGGCCGAGCAGCAAGCUGUGCAGCGAAAGGCACGUGAUUACAGUCAACAGCUGGUGCAACAGAGGCAGACAGAAGCGUCAGAAAGAUGUCUUGGCAUAUGCCGCGGAUCUGCGGCAGGAACUUGAAUGGCGUCACGUAAAGCGCAUCGAACUGAGGCGCAUGCUCGAUGAGUACUCGACGUUGAAUCGCAAUUUACGCGACAAGAAACCCGCAGAAGCCCACAAACUGGAUGUGAUUGUGCUGGAGGCCAUGGGGCCGGUGACUGCCAGCUUUUGCGUCAAGAGAUGCAGCGUCGUGCCGAUAGCAUUGAGCGGCGUCGCCUGAUUAGCGACGA